UCACGUGGUGUUCCGAGGGCGACCAAUGAGGGCUUAGGACUCACGUUUGCUUCACGUGAAAAUCAAUCGACGACGCAAAACGCAAAACGGCAAAACGGAUCCGGCCGCCUCGCAAGGAUGUCUCGGCAGGACACGGCCAUACAUCUGGUGGCCGGGGGGGUGGCAGGCACGGCGGGGGCGAUCGCCACGUGCCCCUUAGAGGUGGUGAAGACAAGGCUGCAAUCGUCGGCCUGCCACUUUGGGCCUCCGGCUAGCUCGAACAGCGGCACCUGUGGUCCUGGGCCUCUUCUUCGACGGUCCUUCGCUACGACGGCCGUCGCACUACCGUCAACGCCAGGCCUGAGGCCUCGAAUGGGCCUUGUCCAAUGUCUGCGUUACAUAGUCGAGCACGAGGGUCCUCGAGCCCUUUUUAAAGGUCUCGGGCCCAACCUGGUUGGGGUUGCGCCCUCCAGGGCAAUCUACUUCUGCGCCUACUCGCAGUCCAAGCAGUUCCUUAACAACACCAUCACGCCGGACACACCGCUUGUCCAUAUCGGCGCCGCGUCUUGUGCAGGCUUCGUCGCGUGCACGGCGACAAAUCCAAUCUGGUUCGUAAAGACGCGGCUUCAGCUGGACCAGCGGAGAAACGGCACCCGAACCACCGCAGCUCAGUGCAUACGACAGAUCUACAGACAAGCCGGUCUUCGCGGCUUUUACAAAGGGAUCACAGCGUCGUACUUUGGCAUUUCGGAGACUGUGGUGCACUUUGUGAUCUACGAAGCGAUCAAGGCAAAGUUGAUCGCCCGUCGGACGGGCGGCAAAAAUGGCGAGAAGGGUGCUAAUGGGGACAAGAGUUCGCGCGACUUCCUCGAAUUCAUGAUGGCGGGGGCAACGUCCAAGACGGUAGCCUCGUGCAUCGCCUACCCGCACGAGGUGGCGCGAACAAGGCUGAGGGAGGAGGGCAGCAAGUACCGCAGCUUCUGGCAGACCCUGGCAGUGGUGGGCCACGAGGAGGGCAUUCGUGGCCUCUACCGGGGCCUGGGCACCCAACUUGUGCGGCAGAUUCCGAACACGGCCAUCAUGAUGUCAACCUACGAGGCCGUCGUCUACCUGCUGACCAAGCACAUGACCUCCGACUUUUACGAGGACUGAAGAAGAAUGCCGCUGUGAUCCAACGUUCGAUAAUUUGUUAGUCAAAAGACUGCCGCUCCUGUGCGCACCCUCGGACUGAUUCCCGACCGAUCGGUUUCCAAAGUCUUAGCCUCGUAAGUGCUCACAAUUCGACUGAAACGACUUAAUUAAUCACACAGACAAACACAUUCAGCUGCCCAUUUUCGUAGUCGUCAUUCUUGUGUUCGAAUCAGGACUGAAAAAAAAACGGCAAAAAUCGUUUGAGUGCAUUUUUUACAAUGUUAUUUAGACUGAAGCACCGCUUUGAUUGCGUUUUAAUUAGCCUUGUGUUUAUUGUUUUGAGGAUAAAAUUUCUGAUCAGUUUCUUCAGGUGCUUCAAUACACUGGUUAGAAAGAAACCACUUUGCUCUUAUCGAGUCUUACCAGCAGCAAUGCUUAUCGAUUCCUAAUCUAGUUGGUGGAAAUUGUACAGACCUUAAAGCACCGCACGGAGCUCUGGUUGUUUUUAAUAAAUUUAAAAGUUAGAAAGGGGAAAUCAGAUUUCCCGAAGUUGGUCGUCAAUCACGCCCGAAAACGGAUUGCUGUAAUAUAUAUACUGACUUAGGUUACAAUAUUUCACUAUUGUAAAGUUUGAAAUGUUGAAUAAUUAAAUUACAAAUAAUGAUAUAAAUAUAUAUUCUACUGAUGAUGAUAGCAAGAGGAAUGUGUAUAAUGGAAGCUUUUUAGUUGUGAGAGAACGAAUAAAACAGAAAUGUACGGUUAAAAUA